AUGCUUUUACCAUUUUUUAUAAAGAACAGUCGCUUUUGUUCUCUUUCUGCACAUCUGACAUUAAACGUCCAGGUGUGCAAACAAGCUGGGCGUCCUGUGAAAAAGGCACCCUCCGUGUCUUGUCCUAUCAGCUGUCCCAGAACAACAGACUGGGUUCACUUUAGAGCCACUCCGAGGGCACCGCCUCUCUGGUUCUGCAGCAAUGGGAGGACGGCGUGUUUCCAGAUUAGUCCCAAGACCACUUUACCUCUGCACCCUGGUCCUGUCCUGGCACAGUGUGGACAUCUGUUCCACACCUCAGCCCCCGUGAGGGCCCCGCCUGCUCCUCUCAUAUGGCUGCUGCUCAAACCUUUGCAGAAGAUCACGGCUAUAAUACUGGGCAGGAGUAUAAGGAAGUGGUGGGUGGCUCUGCCAGCCAACCGCCGGCAGCUCCUGCGCGAAUGGGUCCGGCAGCGUCGCUGGCAUCUGGCAGCGGGGGCAGGCGUUGCUAUGGUGAUCUUAGCCCUCCUUCUCCUGACCCACCUGGAUGAGUCCCCAGUGACGGGACGGACCCGCCUCCUGGUGUUCAGCAGAGAGAACUACAUGGAGCUGGCAGCUCUGACCUCAGAGGCGUACAUGGAGGAGUUUGCAGAGCUGUUGGUUCCAGUCAGUGACCCUCGCCACCAGGUGGUGGAGCGGGUGGUGCAGCACCUGGCACAAAGAAACAAGGACAUCCCUGAAGUGUCUGAAGUCACCUGGAGCGUCCACGUGGUGCAAAGUUCCAAUGUCAAUGCCUUUGUCCUACCGAACGGGAAAGUGUUCAUUUUUAUGGGGAUGCUGGACGCUGUGGCGGAUGUUCACCAGCUCACCAUCGUCCUGGGACACGAGAUGGCUCAUGCUUUAUUGGGACACUCGGCAGAACAGGCCAGUCUGUCUCAUGUCGUGGACCUCCUGUCCCUUAUUCUGCUGACAGCCAUCUGGGCCGUGUGUCCUCGAGACAGCCUGGCUCUGCUGGGACAGUGGGUACAGGGCAAGCUUUCCCAGUUGAUGUUCAGCCAUCCCUUCAGUAGGAAACUGGAAGCUGAGGCUGAUCAAGUUGGAUUGCAGUUGGCUGCGAAGGCGUGUGCAGAUGUGCGAGCAGGACCUGUAUUCUGGCAGCAAAUGGAAGUCCGAGACCAGCUGACAGGAGAGCCCACCUUCCCCGAGUGGCUGUCCACACACCCGUCACACAGAAACAGAUUUGCUCAGCUGGACCGCCUCAUACCACAGGCUCUGGAGUUGAGGGAGAGCUGCGUCUGCCCUGCUCUACCUCCUACUGACCCUCGUGUCGUCUUCUCCAAGAGUGUCCAUGAGUUGCUGGAAAACGCUAAGCACCAGGAGAGAGAAGGGCCAGAAGGGGCACGCAAGCCCCGCCUGCCCCACAGCCCGGUCUCACUCCCCACUGGAUUGUCCGCGGCUCUGCUUACCCAGUCUGCCGUCCUACCUUACCCAAACGUGGAUCAAGAAAUUAAAGGCCCAGUCCCUUCCGUAGCUUCAGCGUUAGCGGUAACAGCCUCUGUCCCUGCUCCUGCUGAGGGGGAGGGACCCCACCCUGUGGUGCAGAGCAUCAGCUGACAGCAGUGUUUUAAUCCAGACUAACUGGCUUUUUUUGGAUGAGUGAAUGAGUCAGUGAUUGUUAUGUUGGUCAGCUAGCAUAUCCGUCAACCGUUUUCCGCUGCUAAAUGUUUGUUUUCAUAUUAAAUUUCAGCGACCCUGGAUGCAUAGGUGGUAAAGUGGUAAAGUUUCCUCCUACCAUUGCAGAGACCUAGGGUUAGUCCUUUUCUCUGCACCAAAGACUCCUUCUGUUUGCCAGCACAAUGGAGGGCGGAGCUGGGGAUGGUACUGUGAAAACAAUUGGCUUUGGAGAAAAUCUGUGGAAAAAGUCAGCAAAAAAAAUACGCUGUAUUGUCUAUAUUAACUAUAACUGAAUUCAAGGCCCCUCCUAACCUUUCCCUCUACUGCAACACCCUGCUGACUGAGCUUCAGAUUAUGUUAUUCAUGCCUAGUAACUACAAAGAUGCCACAUUAAUUAAAUAACCUCGAACAGGAAAAUGCCAAAUGAAUCUUAGUGAAGCUUCCAUACAUUGCCAGAUUAAUAUGUGCAUUAUUCAUUGACACAUGGCAACAGAGUAAGCACUUUGUGUGUGCAUGUUGGAGGCUUCGUCCAUGGCAGGCAGAGGACAUCUACAUUUUAAUUAUGACUGCUACAUUUUCAUGCCACACACACAGCACUUUAUGCAUUUUCUACCCUUAGGGACUUAAUGGUGUAAAUUUAUGCCGGGUUGUACGCAGGUUUCUAAAACACAGCCUUCUGCACAGGAAUGCCAAUAUCCACCGUCAAGCUUCGAGAAAUCUUCCAUGGGAUUUUGUAAAAUCUUAUUUAACAAGGCAAGUUGACUGAGACAACAUUCUUAUUUACAACAACAGCCUGCGGGAGCAGGCGCACAACAAAGAGGAGGCAACAGUUAUGGUUCAAAUCUUGGUAAUUGUGUGUGUGUGUGUGUGUGUGUCACAAAGUAGCACACUUGGUUAAACUGUGAAAUCAAAAAAGAACUGUUUUCAUAUGGGAUAAAUAAUUUUAUUUGUGUCAUUGAAAUUUAGGUUCAGGGUCUGUAUCAGCUUACAAAACAUCAGACAACAGCUUACUUGUGCUGGGAAAGCUUUGUUUUACAACAACUGUCUAUAUUGUAACAAGUGGCCAGUGAUAGGGUUUCCAUAGAAAUGUGCAAUAAAAAGCCAAGGGAAUAUUGUUUUUUGCAUAUCAAUAACUCAGCAACAGGAACGUGCUCUGUUUCCAAGUGGCAAGCAAAAAAAUAAAAAGCUUGAAAAGAAA